AGACUCCCAGACAGACGCAGGCCAGCUGCCCCAGCAUGGACACGGUGGAUGGCGUCAUGGAGAGGCUGCGGGCGCAGUGCCUGUCCCGAGGGUCCUCGGGCAUCCAGGGCCUGGCCAGGUUUUUCCGCCGCUUGGACCGGGAUGGGAGCCGGUCCCUGGAUGCGGGGGAGCUGCGGCGUGGCCUGGCUCAGCUGGGGCUGGCGCUGGACCCGGCGGAGGCGGACGCCGUGUGCCGGCGCUGGGACCGUGACGGCAGCGGGACCCUGGACCUGGAGGAGUUCCUGCGUGCGCUACGGCCCCCCCUGUCUCAGGCCCGGAAAGCGGUCAUCGCCGCCGCCUUUGCCAAGCUGGAUCGCAGCGGGGACGGUGUGGUGACGGUGGAGGACCUCCGUGGGGUGUACAGCGGCCGGGCUCACCCCAAGGUGCGGAGCGGGGAAUGGACGGAGGAGGAGGCCCUCCGCCGCUUCCUGGACACCUUCGAGUCUUCCGACAAGGAUGGGCAGGUCACACUGGCAGAGUUCCAGGACCACUACUGCGGCCUCAGUGCUUCUGUGGAUACUGACGAGGAGUUUGUGGCCAUGAUGACCAGCGCCUGGAGGCUGUGAACGGCGUCCA